UCAAGUCAACUAUGUGUAAAGAGCCAAACCACAAGUUACAAUCUCAAGAUAACAACAUCAUUUGCAGGGCAGCUGAGCUCAAAAGAAUUGUCUUUGGAAAUGGAUCUCUCUGUAGUUGGCUUGUUGAUGCUGGUCCUUGUAGGUCAUGGAGUUGGCCUUAAUGAUCUGUGCCAAGAAGCGAGGUGUAAGAAACACGGUCCAGCCGUAAGAUUUCCAUUCAGCCUCAGAGAAAAGCAGCCAGAUAACUGUGGCUAUCGUGGGUUUGAGCUAUCCUGCACGGACAGGAGAGAAACGUUGUUGCAGCUACCAAAUUCUGUGAAACUAUACGUCAACAAAAUUGACUAUGCAUCACAGUUGAUCUUUGCUGCUGACCCAGAUAAAUGCCUUCCAAAGCAACUCAGAAACUUCAAUUUGUCUACAUCUCCUUUCAAGUUUGGAGACAUGCGGCAGGAUGAUUAUGCUUUUUUCAACUGUACAUCAUGGAAGGGAGAUACAUAUCAGAAACUGGCUUGCCUUAGUGGUCCUGGAUAUGAUAUUUUUGCCUAUACAUCUGAUUAUCUCAUCAGCUAUACAGACCUGACAUCUUGUACUAAGAUAUAUAGUCUUUCAUCAGUUCCAUGGGAAAUCAUCAGGCAGGAAAAAAUACUACGUUUGAAUUGGUCAAUGCCAGCAUGUAGACUUUGUGAAGCACAAGGCAAGUUCUGCAGAUGGAAGACUAAUGCUAGGCUUGACACUGAAUGCUAUGACAAGCCUAAAUCAAAUAAAGGCAUCAGGAAAAAGAUAGCGGCUGCAGUCGCGACCGUGGGUUGGGUUCUUCUAUUACUGGUAUUUUUUGCAGCAUACCGUGUCUACAGCUCUGAUAAAGCAGCGAAAGAAAAUCAGAAAAGGAUUGAAAACUUUUUGGCAGAUUAUAAAGCUUUCAAGCCCACCAGAUAUACGUAUGCCGACAUAAAAAGGAUUACGAAUGAAUUCAAGGACAAGUUGGGUCAGGGAGCGUAUGGAACUGUGUUCAAAGGACAGCUUUCUGAUGAGAUCUUUGUAGCCGUGAAGAUCCUGAACAAUUCAACAGGGAAUGGAGAAGAGUUCGUUAAUGAAGUGGGAACAAUGGGAAAAAUCCAUCACGUCAACGUUAUUCGCUUAGUCGGCUACUGUGCUGAUGGAUUUAGAAGAGCUCUAGUUUACGACUACCUGUCAAAUGAAUCACUAGAGAAAUUUAUAUCUUCAGAGCAUGGCGACGCAUCCGCUCUUAGUUGGGAGAAACUUCAGGAUAUUGCUCUUGGCAUGGCUAAGGGAAUAGAGUAUCUUCACCAAGGUUGUGAUCAGCGAAUCCUCCAUUUCGACAUCAAACCUCAUAACAUCUUGCUAGAUGACAAUUUCAAUCCAAAAAUAUCUGAUUUUGGUCUGGCGAAACUAUGCUCCAAGGAUCAGAGUGCAGUUUCCAUGACUACAGCUAGAGGAACCUUGGGGUACAUUGCACCUGAAGUGUUCUCUAGGAACUUUGGUAAUGUAUCCUACAAGUCUGAUGUUUAUAGUUUUGGAAUGGUGCUGCUUGAAAUGGUUGGAGGGAGGAAGACUAUCGAUGAUAAGAUAGAGAACAACAACCAAAUCUACUUCCCAGAAUGGGUCUACAACAGCCUGGAUAAUGGAGAAGAGCUGAGAAUCAGAAUUGAAAAGGAGGGUGAUGCACAGAUUGCCAAGAAGCUGACAAUUGUAGGACUUUGGUGCAUUCAAUGGCACCCUGUGGAUCGUCCCUCAAUGAAUGCUGUAGUUCAAAUGUUGGAAGGAGCAGGGGACACAUUAACAAUGCCUCCCAGCCCUUUUGCUUCUGCAGGUCAAGGAAGAAGGAAUGUCAAUAUGCCGGGGAGACCUCUUCAUCAAGCUCUGGAAGUGAUCUCAGAGGCAGAGUGACCAUACAAUGCUCUAUACUAGAUAAUCGUUUUUUCAGGAGACUUCACUUGAUUUACACUCUUCAGUGACAUCCUAAGCGUGUUCAUUGCUGAAUAGAAGCCGGUCAAAGAGGUCUCCGUAACUGGAGUAUUUUCCUGAACUACUCGAUUGUUCUCACAAGCUAGCUCAUAUAAGGUGUAACCACAUUUUUGGUGGAUCCCCUAAAGCUUUCAAUAAAUAUGAUCAAUGCAUACAGAGCAUGAAUCUUUGAACUCUAUUCUUUGGUUCUUUAAGUGAUAAGAAUGAAGGUUGAUUCCGAA